UGGACAUUAAACAUCGUCAUCAUGUAUUCGACGUGUAUGGACAAUCUCGAACGGGAUAUGAUGAACCGGCAGUACAUGUAUGAAGCGCACACCUUCCUCGGUAAUCCGGCAAUCUCGGCGUUGCCGCCGCAUUGCGGAGUACCCACCACGACGACGCUUCCGGCGGUGAUCCCGUCGCAGAUCCCGUCGUCCCAUCAUCCAUCCGGUAGCACCGGUAGCACCAGCGGUAGCGAGCACUAUCUCUACGACGAGAACAGCAGUGACAACGAGAGCGUCUACAGCAGCGAUCAGGAGAAUCACGCGAGAGAACGAAGUCGGAGUAACCGGCGCGGCGGACCAUCGGGAAAAUGUCCGAGACAGGUACAGGUUCAGCAACGGCAGGCGGCGAAUAUGAGGGAGCGAAGACGAAUGCAGAACAUAAACGAUGCCUUCGAGGGCUUGAGGGCUCACAUACCGACCUUGCCGUACGAGAAGAGGCUGUCAAAGGUCGACACGCUGAAGCUGGCAAUCGGUUACAUAAACUUCCUCAAUGAGCUCGUCAGGGCGGACAAGGGUAACGACCCCUUGACGGGCAAUAGCGGUCUCUCGAGGUGUUCCAGUCGGGAUGAAUGCAAGAAGGUCAUAGUCCGUGGUAGCGGUGGGAACCCAUUUAUCUCGCACUCGCUCUCGUGGUCGAGAAAAUCGGAUAUCUCGCCGAACGGCACGAUGUACGCGAAGGUCUGGACGCCAGAAGAUCCGCGAACAUCGAAAAAUGGGACGACGUUCGAGUAGAUGGCGAAUUUGAAUUCAUUUGACGAGUAAGCGGAGGAUCGGACACAUCGCACGGUUGUGAGAACAUUUCUCAUCUAGAGUGUUAUUUAGUAUCUAAGGGAAAUGUUUCUAGUCACUGGUCCUCGUUAUUUGUACCUUACGAUCAUUGAAGGUCUCCGAUUUUUUGGACGACAAAAAUGAUCACCAGUUUAUAUAUCUCUCGCGAUUUCAUCAAAAAGGCACAGUAAAUCGAAUUAACCAUUGCAAAAUACACGCGUUUGAGUUACAGAAAUUUUUUAUAU